AUGUUUGAAAAGAGCUCUAUACUCUUUAAAAGAGAUUCAACUAAUGAUUAUGUUGUGCUGCCUUUUGGAGUUAUUAGGUCCCCAUUCAGGCAAGCUGAAGCAGGCAUUGCAAGGGCCUACUUCCCUCUUUAUUCCCGUUCUUCAAAAUCUGUCGUGGGAUUUGACCAGCGCCAGCUUACCAUGCUUGGUGUUGCCAAUGAUGCUGGUGAGAAUGUCGGGCUCAUUCCUGGUAGAGUGGUCAUUGCUUGCAUUGGUUUAGGUGUUUUGAAGAGAAUUUUGACGAACUUAGUGGAUAAAGUUCCAAUAGAUUUGGCUUUUCCGGGGUUGCUUGGAAGUCUAUGGCUCGCGCUCUGUGUUGCCGCCAAUAGUAGUGCUUGGUUGAGCACUGUUGUUCUUGUAACCAACAUGAGAAACUUUCCUAUUAGUAGAGGCACUGUUGCAGUAUUUACUAAAAUUUAUAGUACUCUGCUCCGCAAUUCCUCCUCUAAGCUUCUGAUGUUUCUUGCACUUGGAAUUCCUAUUCUAUGUUUCAUAGUCAUGUAUUUUGUAAGAGCUUGUACUCCUGCUUCAGGUGAAGACUCUUCAGAACCUGCCCACUUUCUGUUCACUCAAGGAGCUCUUAUUGUACUUGGUUUAUAUGUUCUAACAACCACAGUGUUGGAUCACAUAUUUCUUUUCAGUGCUCUGAUAUCUAAUACCUUUCUUGUUAUAAUGGUUGCCCUACUCAUGGCUCCGUUUGCAAUACCGGGGAUGCAUCACACGAGAGUCAGUAAACCAGGGAUGCAUCACCAGCCAAUUAAGUCCUCAGACUGCGUGAUACUAGAAGACAAUGCAGACAAAACCAAACCGGAAAACGAUGAGGCAUCUGAGGUGGCUAUGCUUCUAGCUGAGGGUGAAGGGGCUACGAAGAAGAAGAGAAGGCCCAAAAGAGGGGAGGAUUUCUGGCUUCUUUUCUGUGUAUACUUUGUGGGUGUUGGAUCUAGGGCUAUGCAUAUGAUACUGAGGCAGCAGAGCAACCAUAGGUGGAGUAUGAUACUGACGACCAAAUAUUCAAGCAUCUCCUGCUUGGGUCCAAAUUGCUUCAGUCACACCUCCUUGGUUCUGGCUGAUGUCUGCGGCUGCCUCAAACUUCAAGCCACUAAGCUGCUCAAGGUGGAGUAUGAUAAGUUGAGGCCAUGGGAAGUAUACAAUGCAAUCGAUGAGAAUAGCUAG